AUGCAAGAGUUCCUCAAUAUUUUAGGGCGCACCGCCCAGCUUGGGGCGUAUAUAGCUGAGGCCCCCGACCAGGAAUGGUCUCCGCGUAGGGCGUUGUCUUACGUGGCGGAGAACCUCGAGAUGGAGGGCGUACACACCCUGGCGACGUGGCUUCAUAACCACGCGCUGGAUCCAGAGGCAAAGGUCGCGGACGAGUCACCGUCCCGACUAAAUACAGCCUACGAAACGGCGACCGAGCAACUGCAGGAGUUGCCGGACAUGGGCCUCGGAUUGAUACAGGAUGGGGAAACUGUUCAACCGAACAGUAACCCUGCCCCUGAAUUUCAUCAACGGUUAGAGGCCGCACUGGCUCGUACUCGAGACCAGCGCGAGCAGAACGCGGGCAUCGCGGGUCAAUCGAACCGCGUUGCGUCUCGUCCCGGAAGUUGGGAGUCGCCUAUGACCCUCGCCUCGAGGACACCACCGUCGUAUCCCCCAGGAUACGGACCUCGAACCACCCGAUCGCCCGCGCCGAAUCCGCCGAACCAACAGUCGGCCGCGACGAUUAGGGUCACCAACGUGGCGGUCCAGCCAGAACGUCGCCGGAGCGUCCACUUUGGACAGGAUAACGCCCACCGCGCGCCGACGAGAUCAUCGCCGUUAGCGGCCUACCCUCCCUACGUCGCACUCAGCGUGUUGGCACCGCCCACUCACGUUCAUUCGAAUAUGGGCUCGAUAAGUGGGCAUCGCAACUGGCCUAGUGCACCACAGGUGCAUCCAGCCGCUUCGGCCGCCCCGUACGUAGGAGCGACGUCCACCAUUGGUGGGUAUCAGCUGCCUCUACUGGGUGCGCCGAGCCAGGUAGCGGCGAGCCCUGACCACACCAAUCUCCGAGACAGUCUCGGGAUCAGCAUGAUCCUGAGCAUAUUCGACAAGUGUCUGGGUGAAGACCCCGACGAACCACUACCGCCGUACCUCAAGCAGAUCAAACUGAAGGCACCCGACCCUUUCGAUGGAAAGGACGACAACGAUGCCUUCAACGUCUGGCUGGAGAAUCUCUUGUCCUAUCUGGACACCCUCAGACUGAGGGGACAGGACUUGGAUAUUCAGAGAAUAUCCUUCACCCGUCAGUGCUUGACGGGUGAAGCGGCAGUCUGGUAUCAGCAGACGGUUACGUCGCCGAUACGGCCAGUAGAUAGGCCCAUGUCACACCUCGAGUCCAUCAUAGGACUAUACCGCCGUUUCAUCCUAACGGAUCAGUUCGCUGUAGCAGCGCGCGAGUUUGCGAGCGUUCAAUUCGAACCUCACAAGGGCGGGGUAUCGAGGCUGUAUGACCGACUGGUCUAUUACGCGGAACAAAUGUUCCAGCCGCUGACUCAACAGGACAUCAAGGAGCGGUUUGUAGCAGCGCUACCCGCUUCCAUUGAGCACGAGCUGACUAUCAGCUGA